CAGGGCUCUGUGGGCCUUGCAGUCUUGCUCUGCUUGCCGCAGUGUCCAGUAACUUGUCAGCUGGAGUGCUAUGACUGGUCAUGGGCAACUCUGUAGCAGUGUGUCUUGACAAAGCUCGUGGCAGAAACAAGGCGGAGAUAACAACAGUCAGUGCAACCCAUUGGAAACCGAGAAUGAGCAUCACUGAUAAAUAUUCUCUGUACCAUUCAGAAGAGGCAAAAUACACUUUAAGGUUGCCAAUGGAUCUGCCCAGAGUGGAAAUGCCUCAGACAGAAGCGCCUCAAGUAGAAUUGCCGAAGGCAGAACUUCUCAAUGGCUACGCCGAAACUCCUAAUAAAAGGUUACCAAUGGACUUGCCUAAAGCAGAAAUUCCUCAGGCAGAAUUGCCGAAGGCAGAAGUCCCCAAUGGUUUCGCCGAAAUUCCUAAUGCAAGGUACGUACUUGCAAGAAGCUGGUGA